AUGUCCAGCCGCGGAGGCAUCAUCCUCCACGAGCUUUCUCAUGCCGUCGAUGGUACUGACGACGUUAUAUACGGGUGUACCGCCGCUUCACAACUUUCACCGGCUGACAAGAAGAGGAACGCUGACAGCUACCGUUGCUUUGGAUUGAACGUCUACCUCGAAUGGAACUGCGUUAACGGACCUCGUUAA